AUGAUGGAGAAAAGAGAAAAAGAUAGAGAUAGAGAUAUAGAGCUCGAGGGUAUUAUUUGGGAUGUUAUAAAAGAAAUUCCAAAUUUGGAUGACAUAACGCGUUUCAAGACAGAUUGCAUUGGAGCUAUUGAUGGUACACAUAUUCCUGCAUCAGUAAAAGGACGAGAUGUAAGCAGUUAUCGUGAUCGUCAUGGAAAUAUAUCACAAAAUGUAUUAGCUGCUUGUAACUUUGAUUUGGAAUUCAUGUACGUUCUUAGCGGGUGGGAGGGUUCAGCACAUGAUUCCAAGGUGUUAAGUGAUGCUUUGGCAAGGAAGAAUGGACUUAAAGUGCCCCAAGGUAAGUAUUAUCUGGUGGAUUGUGGAUUUCCUAAUCGACGCAAAUUUUUAGCCCCAUAUCGAGGUGUACGAUAUCAUCUACAAGAUUUUGCAGGUCACGGUAAUGACCCUAAAAAUGAAAAGGAAUUAUUUAAUCUUCGGCAUGCAUCCUUAAGAAAUGUGAUUGAGAGGAUAUUUGGUAUUUUUAAAUCGCGGUUCACAAUUUUUAAGUCAGAACCUCCAUUUCUAUUUAAAACACAAGCAGAGCUUGUGUUGGCAUGUGCAGCACUUCAUAAUUUUCUUCGCAAAGAAUGUCGUUCUGAUGAAUUUCCAGUGGAACCUACUGACGAGUCUUCAUCUUCAUCUUCAGUGUUACCAAAUUACGAAGACAAUGAUCAUGAACCCAUUGUUCAAACACAAGAGCAGGAACGAGAAGAUGCUAAUAUAUGGAGGACUAAUAUAGGUUCAGAUAUGUGGAGAAAUGCUAAUAAUUAGGCGAACAUGAAGUGAGAAUCACUUUGUUAUUAUUUUUUUAGGCAAUAAUGACUUUGUUAUUAAAAGGUUUAAAAUUUCUAUCGUUUUUAUUUUCUUUAUUCAAACAUUAUAAUUUAU